AAUAGCUCAGUGGUCCUUCCUUUGAGGAUUUGAACAGUAUUUGCCCCUGUGCAGGGAGGGCCUUAUUUAUUUAUUUUUUUAGUGUUUGCUUCCGUGAGUGAUUAAAACUCAUCGUCUUCUCCAGCAUUCUCAUUUUCACAGUUGCUUUGUUCCCCCUGUGCACGUGACCCCCAAGCUGGCACUUUGCAACUCUGUUUUGUGAUGGAAGCCUCUUUGGGGGUCGAGAUGGAGGAGCCAAAGGUUUUUUCUCCCCCCGGUGACCGUCUUCGGGCUGAUGGCUCCUUAAAAAAACACGAGCUGAACGUUAAACUUCCAGGUGUUAAAAAAGAUAUUGAGAAGCUCUACGAAGCUGUACCACAGCUUGGUAAUGUGUUUAAGAUCAAGGGGAAAAUUGGAGAAGGCACCUUCAGCUCAGUUUAUUUGGCUACAGCACAGUUACAAGUAGGCCCUGAAGAGAAAAUUGCUCUGAAACACUUAAUUCCAACAAGUCACCCUGUAAGAAUUGCUGCUGAACUUCAGUGCCUCACAGUGGCUGGGGGGCAAGACAAUGUCAUGGGAAUCAAGUGCUGCUUUAGGAAAAACGAUCACGUGGUUAUUGCCAUGCCGUAUCUGGAGCACGAGUCCUUCUUGGAUAUUUUGAAUUCUCUUUCUGUUCAAGAAGUACGGGAAUAUAUGUUUAAUCUGUUCAGAGCUUUGAAACGCAUUCAUCAGUUUGGUAUUGUUCACCGUGAUGUUAAGCCCAGCAAUUUCUUAUAUAACAGGCACCUGAAAAAGUAUGCCUUGGUAGACUUUGGUUUGGCCCAAGGAACUCACGAUACAAAAAUAGAUCUGCUCAGACUUGUGCAGGCUGAAGCUCAGCAGGAAAGCUCUUCACAAAAUAAGUCCCACAGAAUCACGGGAACCAAGAUUUCACUGAGCAACCUAGCACCUAAAGGGCUGGAUCAGCAGCCCACCGCAAAAGCAGUUAAAAGGCCCUACACAAGUGCGCACGUUCACGUUAAACAAGGAAAAGAUGGAAAGGAGGGAUAUGUAGGCCUUUCUGUCCAGCGCUCUGUUUUUGGAGAAAGAAAUUUCAAUAUACACAGCUCCAUUUCACAUGAGAGCCCUGCAGUGAAACUCAUGAAGCCGUCAAAAACUGUGGAUAUACUCUCUAGAAAUUUAGCAACAAAAAAGAAGGUUAUUUCUACAAAAGUUAUGAACAGCAGUGUAAUGAGGAAAACUACCACUUCUUGCCCAGCUAACCAGACCUGCGACUGCUUUGGAACAGAUAAAGUUUGCAGCAUAUGCCUUUCGAGGCGGCAGCAAGUUGCCCCAAGGGCAGGGACACCAGGAUUCAGAGCACCAGAAGUCUUGACAAAGUGCCCCAAUCAGACUACAGCAAUUGACAUGUGGUCUGCAGGUGUCAUCUUCCUUUCUCUGCUUAGUGGACGAUAUCCAUUUUAUAAAGCAAGCGAUGAUUUAACGGCUUUGGCCCAAAUUAUGACAAUUCGUGGAUCCAGGGAAACUAUCCAGGCUGCUAAGACUUUCGGCAAAUCAAUUUUAUGUAGCAAAGAAGUCCCAGCACAAGACUUAAGAAAGCUCUGUGAGAGGCUCCGGGGUGUAGACUCUAAAAUGCCCGAGGCAGCAAAUGAUAAACAAAGGCCUUGUACUGCUGACCCAGCAUUAUCCGAGAAGACUGACCAUCCUGCCGCUCCCCAGCACGCGGGGAGCUCACUGCACAGAGAGGGCAGCAAUGGCUGCGACAGCCGUUUGCUGGAGGACACUACCAAUUUAAAAGGCUGGGAUGAGGUGCCUGAUGAAGCGUAUGACUUGCUUGAUAAACUUCUAGAUCUAAAUCCAGCAUCGAGAAUAACAGCGGAAGGAGCCCUACUGCAUCCGUUUUUCAAAGAUAUGAACUUGUGAUGCCGGUACUGUGGAGAGUGGUGGGGUGAAUCCUUUGUAACUGCGACCAUGGAAAGACGUCACGGCUGGCCCAGUAACUUAUUUUAAAUUUCAACAUUUGCUCUUAUGGCAGAUUCUAAAAUGGGCAGUUUUGUAUAAAAAUGAUUGGAGAUUCAAGUUUACUGAAGAUGCCUCACAUAGAUCUUUGGACUUGCAAUGUGAUCUCCUUUGAGUUAGGUCUGCCAAAAUAAAAUUGGGAUUUUAGCGA